AUGUCGACAUUGGCUCCUGCAGCUGCCAUGGUGGAAGACCAAUCUGAUCAGAAGGAAAGAGCAAAGGACAAAGUGGCUUGUUUAUUGGGGAGCGGGCAUGCUGAGGAAGAGGAGGGAUGCCAUGGCGUGUUCUCCAUAGUGAAUCCAUUGGAGGACAUCCAGGCACUUCCCGCGUCUCGCCUGCCACAGUUCGGCGUCCCUGGAGCCCAUGCUGUACGUGGUCCCUACCGGUAUGCUGUAACUGGUCCUGGACGCUCGGUAAGUAGUGAGAAUCCUCAAGCUCAGCACCACGAAGACCAACUACAGGUGAGCAGUGCACAAUUGGUUGUUGAAACAGACGAAGAGAACGGAAUCAUGGAGCACAGCUCCAGCAAUGGUGAUGCUCCCACUGAAGUGAUCGAGGGAAAGCUCAUGGAACGCCAAGAGACACACUGCAGAUUCAUUGGAUGGCUCCUAGUAUUUGGGUGCGUCCUGGUCCUGGUAGUACUGCUCAUAUUCCUGAUCCCAGUGUUUAUGGGUGAAGAGGGCUCUGCGGACAUGGAGCCAGUGAUAAUGGGCACGUCCAAUCCAACCCAAGAGCCCCAUCGUCAACCUGCUUUGGAUAUUGAACUGCCAGAGGUGGCAAGAAGAGGCAUUGAAGAAGAUGCCGAGAGUCCUUUUUUUAAAGCCGCCCAGUGGCUUCUCCAUGACCCAAAUUACCAUUUGUACUCUCAAGAACAGAAAAGGCAGCGGUUUUACCUUUCCAUGCUUUACUAUGCUACCAAUGGAGCUUCUUGGACCAACAACUCCAAUUGGCUCAGCUAUGAAACAUCUGAAUGUCUUUGGUUUGCAAGAAGCAGUUUCCCAGCUGAUAGCCCCUAUUAUGAACCCAACAUAUGUCAGAAUGGCACUGUGAUCAACUUGAGCUUGGCGUCAAACAACUUGACUGGUGAUUUCCCCCUUUGGUACACCUCGUUUCUCCCCAAACUGAAGAUCCUUGAUUUUGGCCAAAAUAGGAUUGCUGGACAGCUUCCAACAAUGACAAGCAUUUCAAGCCUGGAGGUUGUUAUCAUGUCAAACAACCCUUUGACAGGUGCACCUUCCAUCAGCAGUGGCGCCAUGUUUGACAAUUUGAGAGUGCUCAAGGUAGAUGGAACAUUCAUUCGCGGGAACAAUGGAGGCGCACUCCCAUACAUUACCCCCAAAUUGGAGGUUUUCAAUUGCACAGCCCAGCCCAAUGAUGGUCUGAUGUGGUCCAGCAUUGGAGUUCUCACAAACUUGCAGUAUCUGGGGUGGGGACACAGAGUUGGAAACCAUGGCUCGAUUCCCACUGAGCUAGGUCGUGCAACCUCUCUAACAGAGAUUGAUAUUUCAAGCAUGACCAAGCUCGAGGGAAGCAUCCCCUCCGAAUUGGGGCUGCUCACUCACUUGGCCAAACUAGACAUCUCAGACACCCCUAUCACAGGAGCGGUACCUGCCGAGUUGUGUCAUAGAAUUGAGGACGGGUUGCUGGAGCUCUCAGUGGACUGUGGAGAUAUGUUGCAGUGUUGCCCAUCCUCCGAAGUAUAG